CUCUAAAGGGUUGUGAAGCUCAGUCCUCUAACUAUUACAUCUACAACACAACUCCUGCACCUAAGGCUUAGAGAUCAUUGCUGAAGAGUGAGUGGAAAAGAUUGUAAGAGCCAGAGGGUCAGGAAGUUGGAUGUGGGAUGGUCUCCUAGAAAUUAUAGAAGCUACACUCAUGAGGUCUCACCAGCAUAAUUUCAGAAGCAUGACGUGAAAAAGGACUAUACGAGUAGAUAUGCUAAUGUGGAAAGGGGAAAGCCCACAAUGUCUCAACUCUAGACAAAUAACUGCAGGCAACUAAGGAAUUCGGAGAAGUAGUCUUCCCCAGAGAAGUGUCCCUUCCCCUACCUAAUUGUUCAUCAAAUACGAAAAGGUCAGUCCUGAAAACUCACAUACAAGUAACAUUAUAUGAACUGAACAGGUUGAAUUUAUGUGCUUAGGAAUACACACAGGCACAUAGACACAUUCAAACAAUUAAAGAAAAAGAGGCCAUGAAUUUGAAAGAGAGCAAGGUGUGGGUGUGUGCCUGAGAGGGUUGGCAGGAGAAAGGGCUGGAAAUGAAACAGUGGGGAUCUCAAAGGGAAGAAAAAGCAGCAACCUGUUUCUGUGUUUGGGCCAAUCCCAACCAUUUCUUUGGACCAGUCACAGCCUUGUCCCUUAGCAUUAAUUAUAGUCUUUGAGGCUUGGAUUUUAGGCCCUCUGUAGUCUCACCUCUUAGCAUCAGUCAGAGUAUUACCUCUAGUGCGGACAGCACUCUCUCUCUGGCCAAGGUGGUGAUAGUUGCAGGGGUAUCUAGAGUUCCUCAAAACAUGGGAUAACAAAAGUCUGGUACCAGCUAUUUCCGACAGCUUUGUGGAGCUGCAGUCAUAGCAUGAUUAUUUCAAGGGUUCCAGGGGUAGAGGAUAGUCCAGACAGCUAGUGCCAGCAUACAGGUUCACAUCUGACUCAGAAGUAAACUUAUUUAUUUAUUUAUUUGGUCCUUUGCAGACAAAGUUGUUCUUGAACUUGCAGUGUAGCUGAGGAUGGUCUUGAAAUCAUGUCUUCCUGUUACCUUUCAAGUGCUGGGAUUAUAGGAGAGCAUUUAUUGAAUUCUGGCUUCUAUUAAAUUUUUAAAAAUAUUUUGUGUUUUUAUGUGAAUGAAUGUUUUGUCCGCAUCUGUGUCUGCAUAACAGAAACCUGCCUGAUGCCCAGUGAUGCCAGAAAAGGUGCCAGAUUCCCCUGGAACUGGAAUUAUGAAUAGUUGUGAACCAUUAUGUGGGUGCUGGGUACUGAAUCUGGGUCCUCUGCAAGAGCAAUAAUUGGACUAAAUUGCUAGGUAUCUUUCCAGUUCCCUACCCCACUCACACCUUAAAUUUACCUCUUCUAUAUUGCAUUAGCUGUUGAUUAGACACUUGCUAUAGCUUUCCAAUUAUGCAUUUAUCAUCUUCACACAUAUUCCUUUGACCGAUUAUCCCCCUGUUGCAAUACUGUGGUACUUUCAAAGUAGAAAUCUGUGCUUAGGGGUGAGAGCACUUGUUGCUAAGCCUGAUGACCUGAGUUGAUCUUUGGGAUCCAUGUGGUACGAGGAAAGAAUUUACUCACCAGUUCUCUGAUUUUUUUUCUUCUUCUCACAUUUGCACCACGGGAAUGCAUACAAACAAAUAAAUAUUAAAAAAAAUGAGUGAGGAAAUUUUCAUUAUGGGGAUAAGGGAUACAUGAAUACACAGCAGCACACACAUAUACAACAACAAAACUAAAACCCCUCAUUUCAAAUAGAUAAGGAAGUAGUAAGAUGGGAGCUAGAAAACUAGGAUUUGGAAGAAGGGGCUUCUUUAGCUACAAGGGUUAGUAUUACUCUUUGAAAAUGGCUUCUUUCUAUCUACAUGCUUUUAUGUGUUUUGUCUGAGAGUGUGCAGUGCCUGCAGAGGCUAGAGAGGGCACUGGAGUCUGCGGAACUAGGAGUUGGAGGUGGUUGUGAGCUGCCUAAUGUAGGUGCUGGGAACAGAACUUGUGUCCUUUGAAAGAGCAGCAGUGCCCUUAGCCACAGUCAUUUCUGCAACCUCUGUGAAAAGAAUGCUCACACAGAUUUGCAGGGCAUCCUAGUUGCCUGAUUUUUGAAAAUCUAAGGAAAACAAAUGGAACUGUUAGGAAAUGAGAAACAUUUUUAUAAGACUUAUAAAGACUUACAACGUGGCUGGAGAGUAGUUUGUGAGAGGGAGACAAAUAAAUCAGAGAAAGAAUCAGGAGCCAGUUUGUGGGUCAUAGGAAGGAAGCUGGAAUUACUUUUUUUUAAUUUGAUGGGGUGAGUUUAUUAAGGGAGUACUUUAUUCAGUUUUCCUUUUUAAGGAUAGGAUCUCACUGUGUAGUCCUGGCUGACCUCAGAUUCACAAAGAUCUGCCUGUCUCUGCUUCUUGAGUGCUGGGAUUCAAGGUGUGUGCCUCCAUUGUGCUGGGCUUCACUGACUUCUUAGAGGAUUAGGCUCCUCAGUGGGAAGGGAGAGCAGAGUCAGCAGCCAUGGGGCGAGUAUAAGCAGCUGGUAAGUAUGAUACCGAGAAUUAGAGCAGGUGUAUGUGUUGAAGACACAGUGGGAAGGGUAUGUUGGAUUGCACAUGGUGUAAGAGAACGGGAUCUAAGUAUGAUGCCUUCUUUAAGUACCACUCUGUUCCCUUAACCAUGCUAGCAGAUGGUUGGGCCCUGGGAGUGGGUUGCAGGGAGAAGAAUAUGAAGCUGUCUGUUUUGGUUAUGUAAAGUGUGAGAUGUCUAUUAAGCAUAUGGGCCAGUUGGUCAUGCUGGAGCUCAGAAAAAACUAUAUACAAUGUGAAAAAUACCAUAUUCACUAAUAUUACCAAGGUCUCAUUGGAAAAAAAUUAAAUAUUGAAAACCUUUAAAACUCAAGUUGAUAAAUGUAUUUUCCCAUUUUUUUUAAAAUUUGCUUCAGAGUUCAAGUUUUAUUUAUUGAUGAUAAGUCUUGUUGGUUAUUUUCCUUAAAUGAUGAGCUUUGUACUCAUCCACAGGGUACUGUCUGCCAGUACUCAAGCCUGAAAGCAGUAGUUGGUGUGUCAGUUUUUAAAAAAGUAAAAACGACAUAUAAAAAUGGUCUCAGUUUAGAAAUUAGUUGUAGAGCUGCUUUUUCCUUAAAGGUAGCCAUCAUACAUAGGAUGUAACAAAGGCAAUUUUCAUGUAUCUCCAGCCUGGAGUUUGCUGUGUAGAACAAGCAGAACUCACAGAAAUCCAUCUGCCUCAGCCUCCUAAGUGCUGGAUUGGAAAGCUGAAGGCCAACUUGAGUUGCGUAGGGAGAACAAGUCGGGAAAAAAAAAGUUUGAUCUUGUGAACAAUUUCUUUUUCCUGAAGUAGACCACACUAAAGAAUCUUUGUUGAUUUAGUAAGCUUAAUAAUUUCCUCUAUGGUAAUGGGAGCCUGAAUUUUAAAUAUCACAAUAUACUUGUUAUAUACUUACAUAUUGAGUGUCUCUGACUAAAGUAGAUUGGGUGAUCUCAUAAAACAUUUAGUUACUUGUGCAUGCAUCUUCCUGGCAUAGUACAUAAUAUGUAUUAUUUUAAUAAUUGUAUGUAGAGGGAAAGGAGAUGGUUAAGAGCAUUAGCACGUGGUGCUCUUUUGGAGGACCCAAGUUUGGUUCCUAGCACCCACAUUGAGUGGCUCAUAAUCACCUACACGCCUAUAGAGGCUCCAAUCACCUAUAAUCCCCAGCUCCAGGGAAUCCAGCAUUAUUCUUUUGGCUUCUGAGGGCAUCUGCACAUAUGUACAUACUUACACACAUGUGUAUGAUUAAAAAAAGUGAGGAGCUGGAGAGAUGGCUCAGUGGUUGUACUAGAGUACUAGAUGCUCUUCCAAAGUACCAGAGUUUAUAUCCCAGCACCCAUGCCACAUGGCCCACAACUGCCUAUAAUUCUAGUUCCAAAAAGAUCUGACACCCUCUUCAGGCCUUGGUGGAUAUCCCCUCACACGUAGCAGACAUUCAAAUUAACACACAUAAAUAAAAAUAGUAAAUCUUAAAAAAAAAAUCUUUGAAUAGGUAUUUAGAUCCAGAUCCUUUCUGUUCUGUAUAUUUAAUUGUUGAUGAAACAGAUGAGUUUUAAGACUUUCCUGUAUCUGUUUUCUAGAGUCCGUCUGUCUCUACCAGUGUGUAGGUACAUGGUUGCUUUUAGGCUGUUGUUCAAAAUAAUUUUUAGGAAAGAGUAAAAAAUAGCUUUUUACUCUAAAAUGUGACAGUCAUUUUAAAUUAGAAAAUGUUUCAGAUUGAAUUUAAAGAGAUCUUGUUGGGCUGGAUAGAUGGCUCAGCAGUCGUGAACACUCCUUUUUUCUUGUAGAAGAUCUUGUAGAAGAUCAGCACCCAUAUGGUGGCUCAUGACCACUGCAAUUUUAGAUCUAGGAGAAUCUAAUGACCUUCAGGCCUCCACUGGCACCAGGUAUACAUGUGGCACAUAUACAUGUAGGCAAAGCACUCAAUGCAUAAUUUGAAUACCUCUCCAGAAACCUAAAUCUGUUGUUGGAGGCCAGUGAGGUAAAAGUAUUUCCUCUGAAGCCCAAAUUUUGUCCCCAGGGUCCAUGUAGUGAAGGAGACAGCCAGUGGUCACAGCCUCUCUCAUAGCUUGUCCUUUGACUGCCACACAUUUUUUUUUUUCUUUUCUUUUUUUUCAGAGCUGGGGACCGAACCCAGGGCCUUGCGCUUGCUAGGCAAGUGCUCUACCACUGAGCUAAAUCCCCAACCCCGACUGCCACACAUUUUAACACCCAUUGAUAAAUGUUAAAGAAAAAAGAAGUUCAUUGUUUAUGCCAUGUUAUAAAUCUCCCUAUUUAGAACACAUACACAUGUACACACAUACACAUACAUACACAUAUAUAUCUACCAUACUAAUAAUAUACUAAAUAAACUAAAAUAAUAAAUAAUGUACAAAAAUAGAAGUGACUAUAUGAAAAAAAGAAAAUGAGAUUUUUUUUUUUUUUUUUUUUUUUUUUUUUUGGUUUUAGCAGUUUGGCAUUCUCCUUACCCUUUAUUUGACAGGGUCUCAUUAGGUUAAUCUCUCAAUUGUAUUUUUUCCCUGGUCAACCUAAUUCCUUUAAUUAGGAAUUUCCAAAGCUAUAGGCAUGGCAAAUUGUCCCCUGCCUUUCUCUUCCUAUCAGUGUGAGGGAGCUCAGUUAGGUUCCUGAGGCCAUGUAUAGGGCAGGGUGCUCCCUGUUACUUGACAUCCUUCUUUGGGUGGUGGUUGUUCCUUGGGCCACACUUCUAGCUGCAGUUUACAGCAUGGUGUGCAGGUGAGUGUAGUACUUGCUGCAGACCAUCUUUCCUAGGUAUAUGUGCUUCAGGGCAAGCUGUCACAGGGAAGGCCAGGGAAUGUCACUGUUCAGACAGUGCACUGCACGUAGGGUAAAAACUCUUAUGGAUGUGGGUGGGACACAGUACUGCCAUCUUCCAGCUGUUGGAUGGUGAACAUUGGGUGGGCUUGAACUCAAGAACUAUAUGGUCUUGUGAGUCAGGGGCUUCUCAAAGACUUGCAUCUUGUUUGUUGGUGGGCUGCCCUGUUGAAGAGAAAGAACUAGGCUCACUUCUUGAUCCUUUUGUCCUGACCUCCCAAAUGCUAGGAUUACAGGUCUAUGCCUCCAUGUCUGGCUUCUUCUUUUUAUGUACAUCUAUUACUUUUGUUAAAGGCUUUGGAUGAGUACAUUUUUUUGUCAAAACAUGUCAUUUUUAAAAGGUUUGAUAAAUCUGUUUUGUUUUUUCAACUCCCAAGUUCCAUUAAAGUUUAUAAUAUUCAAAUUUAUUGAAUUGUGGGAAUUUGUCUUCCUAGUUUGUCCUGUGAUGUUUUAAUUGUUUUUGAGUAUUCAUAGAGUGCCAUAAAUAUCCCAAAGGAACCUGGCAAACUUUUGUAUGAUCUCAAGUUAGAAUCACAGUUUGAAAAUUAAUGCUUAGUAAAAUGAAAUGUGUCUGUAACAAUCUUUUUAAUGUGCUUCACAGCAGGAAUAUAUUAGUUAUUUGUUCAGUAAUUCAGCAACUUAAAAAACCGCACUCACAUUCUGUGUAGGGAGGGCGGGAGAGAAGAUCAGAGGACAACCUUCGAGAGUCAGUUCUUUCCUUCUACCACAUGGGUCCUUCGGAUCAAACACAGGUCAUUAGGUUUACUGAGCAUUUUACUGACAUUUUUGGUUUCAAAGCUUUUUAUUUUUUAUUCUGGUUUUGUGUUGUCCAGGCUGGCCCUGAACACCUGAUUCUUUUGCCUCCAUCUUCCAAGUGCUGGAUCACAGAUGUGUGUUGGGUACCAGUGUGCCCAACUUGUUUAAUUGGUUGUUUUGGAGACAAGGUCUCAUUAGUUUGCAGAUUGGCCUUGAAGUCCUAGUCUCAAGUAAUCCUUUUACCUUAGGCUUAUCUGUGGAAUUAAAGUUGCUAGCCACUUUCUACUUUCUACUUUCUAUUAUGCAUUCCAGUGGUUUUGUCUAUAAGAUGUAAUCACUCUCUUCAAAUCUUUCUCACUAAUCAAAUAAAUCAUGAAAUAUAAUAAAUGAUAUAGAGAAAACACAUUGACCCGACAGUUCCUCUACUGAGCUUGGUAUGUCAAAGAAGAAGUUAUUAGGCUGGAGAUCUGAAAAAUGUUAAUCAGGAAAGCUGGGGUUGGGGGUGCAGAUAGUGGUAUGUAUAAAGACCAAAGGUAUGUAGAAACAGUGAUUUUUUUUUUAACAGUUUAUAAUCUUGUGUACUUAAGACUACACAAACUAGGGGAACAGUCUAUAAAGAGGUUGUAGGAACCAAAUCCAGCAAGACUUUUUCAAGCCAUAGUACUGAUUUUGGCUUUUUUGCCCCUGGGGCUGAUGAAAAGGCACUGAAAGUUUUAAACAAUGAGAUGACUAAACAAAGAGACACAUUAAUCCCAUACUUGGGAAGCUGAGGUUGAGGUCUUGACCACAAGAGACCCUAUCUCAAAAAGGGGAGGUGGGGUCUGUGAGCUGGCUCAGGUGUUAAAAGUGAGUGCUACUUUUAUAGAGGACCCAAGUUUGGUUCCCAGUACCUAUGUCAUGUGCCUCACAGAUGCUUGUAACUCCAGAUUCGCAUGCACAUACUAACAAAUACAUACACAUAAUUAAAAUAAGUUGGGCGGAGGGUUGGUUCAGAGAUUAAGAGCACUGGCUGUUCCUUCAAAGGACCCAGGUUCAGUUCCCAGCCUGCACGUGACAGAUCACAACUGUUUGUAUCCUUAGUUCCAGGGGAUCCAACAUACACCAUCACACAUACAUACAAGGAGGCACAACUCCAAUGUACAGAAAACAAGAAAAUAAAUCAUAAAUAAAAUUAAAUUGAAACAACAAUUGGAAAAUAAAGAUUACUUUUGCCUUGUGAUGGCAUGGAGGCUCACACAUUUCAGUACUUUCAGUACUCAGGAGCUGAGGCAGCAGUAUUGCUGCAAGUUCGAGGUUAGUUGGGGCUUAUAGUUUUAGGCCACAGAGCUACAAGAUUUAGGGCUACAGAGCAAGAGAUCCCAUUUCAACCCCCACCCUCCUAAAACAGCUCUGAGCCUCUCAAAACCAAACUAAGGUUACAUUUAAGAGCCAAGAACAGAGUAGGAGGAAGUUUGCUUGAGCUGUACUUUGGAGAACUCUAGAAGAGAUCACUAAGAAGGUUGGUUUGGAGGUGAUAGUCCUAAGCAGAGGUGUAAUUCUGGCAUCAGCAUGGUAGGCUGAGACCUCCUGGUUUUCUAUUCUAGAAAGAAGAAUGCUUGACACUGUUGAGUUGUGUUGAACUGGUGGUUAGAGGGAGAUUCAUUAAACAAUAAUUACUAGUUGCCUACUCUGUGGAAGGCUCUCACUUCUAGAUAAUCAUGUGGUAUUAUGGUGCCUGUGUUAUAUAGCUGUUUAGACAUUAUUGGUUGAUGGAAAUAUCUAAGAAAAUGGAAGUUGGUUUAUAGUGAGUAUAUGCACACAGGCACAUACCCGUCCUCACUCAUACCUUUUGAUGUUUUGUUUUAAAACAUGGUCUCAUGUAGCCCAGGUCUGGCUUUGAACUCCUGAUCUUUCUGUUCCAGCCAUUGAUGAAAGACAUGGGUCCUCUGAAGAGAAACUCAGAGAUGCCUGGGCAUAGUAGUAUACACCUGCAUUCCUAGUACUAAGGAUUCUGAGGUAGGAAGAUUGAGAAUUUCAGGCCAGCUUAGGCUAUAUAGCAGACCCUGUUCAAAAAUCACUCUAUCCCUACAAACAAACAAAAACAACAGAGAAAGCUCAAGGAUGGUGUAUUUUUCCUAUAUUCAUUCUCUACCAUCAUAAAGCAAUUAUGCCUGCAAAAGGCAAUUUGCACUCAUAGAAGUGAAUCUGUAAGACCCCUCUUUCUCAACCAUUAAUGCACAGUUGGUUUCUGAUACUUUCCAGCUUUCACUCCUCCACAGUGGGAUUGAUUGGCAGAACAGUGGGUUGAAGAAUAGGAAUAAGGUUUGACUAUUAGCUGGCUGUGUGGGCAGAAGUGGGGAGAGGGAGGGAAGAGAGAAAAAGGACUCCAGGGUCUCUCUCUGUAUACCAUUGUGGCAUGAGGUUAAGCUGUACAGUCUUUGUCUUAAUGUUAAUUUGGAUGCUUUUUCAGAACUUUUCUGUUAUAGAUCCCUGGCAUUUUUAUAUCUCUAGUAUUUUUACAAAUAUUUUUAAGAUAUACAUGUUUUCCAUAUAGUUAAAAACUAUCCCCUUUUGAAAGGAACUUCCAGAGUAUUCUAAAGACCCGUAGUACAGUGUCUGGAGGAGUUAUCUCAGCAAGUUUAGCUGUCUUGAAUUUAAAAGUUGAGAGAAAAAGAAUGUUUGAAAAGCAACGGAUGCAGAUUGUAGGAGCAACGUGGCAGAAGGUGUGUUUGUGAGACUUGAAGAUACUUGCAGAUGCAAGGGAGGGGAAUGGAGUUGAGGUCUGAGGCAAAAAUACAUCUUAGCUGCUAACACUAAGCUGUAGAAAAUUAGUCCUGUGUUUCCCAUAGAAGUUACACUUUAUUUUUAAAAACUAUGUUUUUUUUUAAGGUGUAUGUGCACACUUGUGCGAGUCUAUGCACAUAUGUAUGUACAGGAACAUGAGAAGGCUAGAAGAGGGUAUUGAAUCCCUUAGAGCUGGAGUUGUAGGUUGUUGUGAGGGACCUGACAUGAAUGCUUGGGUCCAAACUCUGGUUCUCAUGAUUGAGCAGCAAAUACUUUUUUGUUGUUUUGAGGCAAGGCUUCUAUGUACAGUCCUGGCUGUCCUAUAACUUGUUCUGGAAACCAAACUCAGAGAUCCCCUACUUCUCCCUCCUGAGUGCUGGUUAAAGGGCAUGUACCGCCCGCCACCAGAUGGGGAGCAGCAAACACUUCUAACCAACCUGCUUUAUCUUUUGUUUUUGGGAGACAGAGCCUCAUGUAGCUCAGGCUGGUAUGGAACUUUCUGAUGAGCUUAGAAGUUUCCUGUUGACUUAAUUUUUCAUUUCCUACUUUUGAUAUGUGUUCUUUAACCUCCCUUCUAGCCCACCACCCACCAGAGGUAGUGAAAAGAAAGGUUAUUAGGAUAUGGGGGAAGUGGACCUAUUUAGAAAUUGUUCUUUGGAGCAAAUCUUAUCUGUGUUGUCAGGAAAUCAGUAGUUCAGUUCACAGGAAUCAGGAGCAGCAGCUUGAUCCACUCACAGACAUUAAUUACUACACCAGCAGUCCAGUUCAGUAGUGCCGGGAUGGCAAACACAAAUCCAAUGCCCAGAGAAGUUCUCUGCCGGGCCUUGGAGCAUUACAAGCUAGCUGUGCUAGCCUGUUCAUUCCUAUUUAUACUCCCUCCAAACAUCAGUGUCCUCCUACUGAUCUUGCCUUACCACGUGAGUGGUAACUUGGGGAUUUUCACUAUCAGGCACUUAUUUUUAAUAAAGUUGAAUAUUUCUUCCACCCAUCCUAUGUGUUGAUUGAUCUCACUCUGCCAAUUGUACCCGAUGCCUCAGAAGCUGCAAGAAGCCACCAGAACACCACCAGAAGUUGGUUGUUGUGCUUCUUCUUACGAAGUCACAACAAACGAUGACCAUUAAGGAAUGGCAAGGUGUACCAAUACCAUUCAGUGUCGUCCACCAUCCAUCUGUUGGGUCCUCCUUACCAUCAUGAGUCUGCUUAAGCAAAACAUCCUUUCACCUGUGUCUGCUUCAGGAACACACGUGUCUGCCCCAGCAAAACAUCAUCUGACAAAACUGAUUUAAGUUUUCGCUUUAUUUUCCUGCCUCUGUCUCCCAAGUGAUGGGGAGGGGAUCACGGGUCUUGCACCACCAUGAUAGCUCUAUGCAUUACAUGUAGCACCUGUAAAACUGACUUUUCUUUUAUUUAUGUUUUGGUCCUUCAUACAGAUUUACCUUGGCAUAACUAACAAAACCAUCAAAUUAACUGAAUAAAUGUAAGAGAAUUUUAGAUUCAAAUAAACUACUUUUAAACGAGCCAAUUAUUUUAACUUGGGGAUUUUCACUAUCAGGCACUUAUUUUUAAUAAAGUUGAAUAUUUCUUCCACCCAUCCUAUUUUCUUGCUUCCGCAUUCCCAUGUACGUCCCUAUACCCCCAAAAGAAGAAAGGCAGCAUGGUGUUAUCUCACAGGUUUUUGUUUUGAAUGAAGAGGUAUAGUGUGUGCUAUGAAACAAACGUGAUGUUUUUACAUCAGAGGUUUUAGGAAAAGAUUUAUAUUUGUUCAAAAUGUUUUUUCAUUUUUAUUUCUUUCUAAAAUUUUCUUUUCCUUAUUAUUUUCAAGACAGUCUCAUGGAACCCUGGCUAGCUUUAAACUUUAAUAGCCAGUGGUAAUCUUGAAUUUUUUUUAGCUUCCUGUCUUCACUUCUCAAAUGCUAGGGUUACAGUAUGUAACCUCACAGUGGUUUCUUAAAUGUUUUUACCAUAUUGAUCAAUGUAAUUAUUAUUAAUUUUUUUAUGAGACUGAAUUUUACUAUGUAGUCCUGACUGAUGUGAAUUCACUAUAUAGAUUAGGCAGGCUUCAAACUCAGGUCUGCCUGCAUCUGCCCCUGCACCCCCAAGCUCUGGGAUCAUCAUAAAUUAGUUCAACAUUGGGCUCUUAUUUCCAUGAUUCCAUAAAAAUUAAGUAACAAGCUUUAUCAUUCAUUAUCACACGCAUUUGAUCCCAGAGCUUGGGAUUUGGUAACUCUAGCUGACUGUGGGAAACCAUCUGCAGUGGUCUAGCUGAGUCUUCUUGUGCACCCAGAGCUAGCUUCCCAGGGGAAUAUUGGUAUCUCUCAGGAGCUAGCAAGAGAUUUUUCUCCAUAACUUUGACCUUUAAUAUCCCAGACUGCCAUUUUUAAGCUUCAGAGUCAGCUGCCUCAUUUUUCCUGGCUUACCGGAUCAUCUCCCUUCUUGUUCUGAGCAAUGAAUUACUUCUAUAAUUCUGCUUGGGUAGUGUCAUUCCCUGUUUGCGUGGGAGGGGUAGAUCAGGGACAAAUAAAUAAGUUCCAUGGGUCUCUGGUCUGACUGUAAAUGCCAAAGUGUUACAGCUCUUAGAGAAAGGAGGAGGUUUGGAUGGCCUGCACAGGGCAGGUAGCCAGGGUCCUGGAUCUUGUCUGCUACUGUAGCAGUAGCAGCAGCGACAGCAGUGCUGGUGGCAUGAGCCUGGCCAGCCAAGCAAGUCCAAGGUUCAGUGCUGAAUGCUUUGGAGAGAGAACUCUUCACUAAGUGUUACACCUUAGUAAAAACAGCCACUGUCGGAUGAUCCUUGGUAAAACAACUUACGGACUUUAUUCCACGUGGAUAGUGACUUCAUAAACAUUUAGAAGUCAUGUAGGAUUUAGGGUAGAUGUUUACUGUUGGCUCAGUUUGGGAUAUUACUGACACUCUGUUUGCAUGGGGAAGGACUCUAGGUGUUUUCCUUAUGUAACUGAUUGCCAUGGUUUUCUCAGUGAGGUAUUGUGAUUCAGUGUUCCAGAACAGAUACAGGACUGUAUAGGGAGCGGCUUGACUCCUGCUGAUCUCAAAUCUCAGAGAUUCCUGGGUCUGAACUCACUCAACCUUAACAUUUUUUUGUGCCUGUCUGGUAACAGGGUCCCACAUGCCUCUCUUUAGUAGGAGAAAGGAGGGCCCUCUGACUUGGACUGUGUUCCUAGAAGAGUUCCUAUGGUAGCCAGCAGUUCCUAUGCUGCUUGUGUGUGCCUUUCUUUCUCCUUAUUUUUUUCCUGCUUCUGAUAUAGGUUAUAGAAUACUACAGUAGCUACCUGAGCCAAAUCAUUUAGUGGCUUGCUUGGCUCAACAGUCAAAUUUUUGAAGACUGUUUUGAAUAUCAGGGACUGACUGAGUAAAAAUGUUAUCCUUUGAGGGUUCUUCUUUCUGUGAUCUCAUCUUUAUGUUAAACUUUUUCUUUUUCUUUCUUUUUUUUUUUUUUUUUUUUGGUUCUUUUUUUCAGAGCUGGGGACCGAACCCAGGGCCUUGCGCUUCCUAGGCAAGCGCUCUACCACUGAGCUAAAUCCCCAACCCCUAUGUUAAACUCUUUCGUGGCCCAACCUCUAUAGGAAAGCCACAGGGGUCUCUUCUCUUUCUCCUGGCAGAUAGUAGUAAUUUGUGAAUGAUUUAAAGGCUUAGCUUUGGUCUCCCUGAGAGACUCUAAGAUAGAAUAGAGAUAAUGCCUUCUAUUCUGGAUCCCAAUCUGUCAUUAAGGCCUCCUUUAGGGACUUGUAUAGGGACCACCGGCUGGCCAGUUAGGGAUCAGUAUUUCUCCCUUUCCCCCUGUUUAUUUAGUUUUGUUUCCUAUUACCUUUUGUUUCUCAGAUGGGGUCAGAAUUUGUCCCAAGUAACAUUACCUCUUUCCUUGCCAAACCAUGGAGCUGGGUAAUUUGUUCAGAAGUCCUGCCUCAUCUUCAUUAGUUCUGGCAAGACUCAUAUUUAUUCAAGAGCAUGUGAUAGUUACGACUUUAAAAAUUAUUAUUUACUUGCGUGUGUGUACAUUUAACAAGGGAAUUCCACAGCAUGUCUAUAUGGAGGCCAGAGGGACAGCAUGAAGGAUCCAUUCUCACCUUCCAUAGUAGGUGCUAGGGAUCCAAAACAGGUUGGUAGGCUUGGCAGUGUAUGUCCGUCAGUAGGAUUCCUUUCUCUCACAUCCUUCCUGGUGUGUGUUGUUAGUUUUCUAAAUAUUUAUUGACUAUUUCUGUUUCUUAUUUUUAUCUUUAAUUAGCAUAUAUUUUAUAAUAGUCUCGUGACAUUUUUGUACAUGUAUAUUUUUUUAAACAUAUUCAUCCCCACCCUUAUUUGUUUCCCUCCCUCCCAUUGCUGUUGACUCAUUUCUUCCCAGCUUGGCUGGCCCAGUCCUGGGCAGUGAUCAUGCUGCUAUGAGCUCAGUCUAACAGCCCUGUCAUGCUUGGAAGACAACUUUCCAUAGCACUCCGCCCCAUCUACCCGCUCCAUUACUAUCCAGUGAGCACAUCUAGACUUGCCAGUCAGUAGUUGUCAACAACCAGCCUCGGCUUGGAGAGGGCUUCUGAGGAAAGGGUGUUUGGGAGAGACAAAAACAAAUGCCUCGAAGUCAAAUCUUGGGUUGAAGCUGGGAACCCAUGUUCUGCUCCAGACAGUUUUGCAGACUGCUUUGCAGUCUCUUUGUUCUGCUUUCUUUCUCUCUGAUUUGGUUUCUCUGGAGAUCUUUAGAUAACUGCCUCUCUAUGUUCUGCUCAAGACAGUUCUCCAGGCAGUUCUUUCUUGGUAUUCUUAAAAAAAAAAAAAAAUCCUCUGGAUAGCUCAUUUCUUGUGGAUCAUAAGCCCAGUCUUUUACUUUACACAUCAAUCUAGUCAUUUACUCCAGGUUACCUUUUGAUUUUCCUAUGAAUCAGCAUCCUAUGACCCUAGCCUCUUAAUUCUUAGGAGAAAGCAAGCACACAUUUCUUUUUAACAUUGCAAAGGAAUUCAGAGAUCUGCCUGCCUCUGUUAAGCACUGACAGUAAACUUGCUGGGUGGGACCUGGUCUUGAAAUUACCAUUUCUACCACACACCUAGGUUUAACUUUGUUCAGGCCCAGUCUGACCUUGAAUUCUGGAAUCUGACUACCUUUGCUACAGACAAGAGGAAAGCUCUAGAAGAGACCAAAGCAUAUACAACUCAAUCUCUAGCUAGUGUUGCUUAUCAAAUAAAUGCAUUGGCCAACAAUGUGCUCCAGCUGCUGGAUAUCCAGGCCUCUCAGCUGCGGAGGAUGGAGUCGUCCAUCAAUCACAUCUCACAGACUGUGGAUAUUCAUAAAGAAAAAGUGGCUCGAAGAGAGAUUGGUAUUUUGACAACAAAUAAGAAUACAUCAAGAACUCAUAAAAUAAUCGCACCUGCAAAUAUGGAGCGUCCUGUCAGGUAUAUUCGGAAACCUAUUGACUACACAGUUCUGGAUGAUGUGGGCCAUGGAGUUAAGUGGCUAAAAGCCAAGCACGGAAAUAACCAGCCUGCAAGAACUGGCACAUUGUCGAGAACAAAUCCUCCCACGCAGAAACCACCAAGCCCUCCUGUGUCAGGCCGAGGAACUUUGGGGCGGAAUACCCCUUACAAAACCCUAGAGCCUGUUAAGCCUCCCACAGUUCCUAAUGACUACAUGACUAGUCCUGCGAGGCUUGGAAGCCAGCAUAGUCCAGGCAGGACGGCUUCUUUAAAUCAGAGACCAAGGACGCAUAGUGGGAGUAGUGGAGGAAGCGGAAGCCGGGAAAACAGUGGGAGCAGCAGCAUUGGUAUUCCCAUUGCUGUGCCCACACCCUCCCCGCCCACUGCGGGCCCAGCAGCCCCUGGCGCAGCUCCUGGUUCCCAGUAUGGCACAAUGACCAGGCAGAUUUCUCGACACAACUCUACCACUUCUUCGACAUCUUCUGGUGGAUAUAGACGAACUCCCUCUGUGACUGCGCAAUUCUCUGCUCAGCCUCAUGUUAAUGGAGGUCCACUUUAUUCUCAAAAUUCAAUUUCUAUUGCCCCCCCUCCUCCCCCCAUGCCUCAGUUGACUCCACAGAUACCUCUCACAGGCUUCGUGGCCAGGGUGCAGGAAAACAUUGCUGAUAGCCCAACUCCACCACCACCUCCUCCACCAGAUGACAUUCCCAUGUUCGAUGACUCUCCACCUCCCCCACCACCUCCUCCUGUGGACUACGAAGACGAAGAAGCUGCAGUAGUUCAGUAUAGUGACCCAUAUGCAGAUGGGGACCCUGCAUGGGCUCCCAAGAACUAUAUUGAGAAAGUUGUUGCAAUAUAUGAUUAUACAAAAGACAAGGAUGAUGAGCUGUCCUUUAAAGAGGGUGCAAUCAUCUAUGUCAUAAAGAAGAACGAUGAUGGCUGGUUCGAAGGAGUUUGCAAUCGAGUAACUGGACUCUUCCCUGGGAACUAUGUUGAAUCAAUCAUGCACUAUACUGAUUAGUUUUUCUUUCGUUUUCUUUUCAUGUAGGUUAUUACUCUGUCAUACUGUGGGACUAUAUGGUUAACAAUUGUUUUAAUGUUUAAAAUGUGCCCAUAUUUUCAGGACAUGUUUUAUUGGUAUAUUUGGAUGUCUACCUGUAAGCUUAAAAUUUGGAGGCAGUUCAAACGUUGCUGAACAGCAAUUGCUGUCAGACUGCCUGUAAUUGAUCAUGCAUAUGUACUCACACCUUGAUACGUUUAUGACCAGCCUAAAAAUUCUGGGGAUGUGGGUUAUUAUGUUUAACAAAUCAUGGUUCAGAAUGCACCAUUACAUGUUUCAGUGCAGCAUGGUCACUAACAUUGUGUCAGACUAAUAGGAAAAAAAAAAAACAGAAACUUCAAUGCUGGUGCUGGUCAUACUUUUGGUUUCAAUUCUCAUUUUUAAAAAAGUACUGUGUUUAAAGCAUGCAUAAAUUUUUAUGUAUUGAAAUAUACUUAGCAAUUCAAGAAGCUUCCAAUUUGUGUAAGCGUUAUCUGGAGCACUACUCAUACCUGAGUCUCCUAAGUUCUCCACGUGAAAUGAAAGACUAGCUGUAUGCUGUAAUUUGUAUCUAAGUUUUUUAAUGAGUGAGAUUUGCAUUAUAAAUUUUUCCAUUCAUAAAUACAUAAGUAAACCAAAGGAUUUUUGUCCUCUCCUUUACUGGUUUGCUUUAAUCAUGUGUGCUCAUGCAUAUGCAUGCACACCCCCAGCCCCUUAAAAAAGAUUUAUUGCAGAAUUAUGGUUCUAUUUUCUCAAUGCAUCAGUUUGAAAAUAUUUUUAGCUUAAUCUUAAUGUGUCCAAACAGCAAUGCGACAGAAUUUUGCAGAUUUUGGAGCUAGACUGUGUCAGAGUAAGCACAUGAUAUUCUGGGGGUAACAUCUGAAGGAAUGCUACACUUGACCUUUUAUAUUUUAAUGAAACUGAAUUUACACUGACUCAGUGAAAGGAAAAUCUUUUACAUAUUGUAAAGAUGGAUGCAGUUAGUUUGUGGAUAGGCAUAUUUAAUCCAUUGCCUGCCACUAGAAACAAAAUUUUUACAAUAAUUGGGAAAGAAACUAGGCCAUGUAAUAAGCAGGUUUGUAUUGUAACUUAAAUGCAACACAUGCACUUUGUGUGUCUCCUUGAUUUAAGGGAGGGUUUGAGGGAUACUUCUCUUGUAUAUAAGACUGUACUGCUUAGGAUAUUAAAGUAGAUCACACAAGUGUGGGUUUCUAUGUAUUGAGGGUUACAGAUUAUGACAGCAUAGUAAGUGAUGAGAGCAGUGCAAAAUAUUUCUGAAAAUUAAAGACCAUUGUUCCUACCAAAUCAACUAUUCCAUAUAUAUUUCACCUUUGUUAUUUUUGAAGUACUAUGUCAUUAGUGAUCAGAUAGCUAUAUUAUGCUUUCUUUUUGAAGCAGAAUGUUUUCUUCAUUUGUAAAUAACCUGUUGUCUAAAUUUUAUCUACAGUCUUUUAUAAUAAACUAUGCUCCUAUACAAAAAA